AGUAGCGCAAUGAAGGCGGCAGUAAUCGGAAUCUCAGCUUUGCUGUCUCUUCUCCCCAUUCUGGGAUUAACCCAAUAUCUGGACGGGGAGUGCGGAAUUCAAUCGAAGGCUGCGAAUCAAACCUCAAGUCCCUGGAUGACUUAUCUUCACACCACCGAAUUGAUAUUUGUGUGCGGCGGAAGUCUAGUUACUCAAAAACUGGUACUAACAGCAGCGCAUUGUACAAAGGCCAAUGUGCAUCUAGUAGCUCGUCUGGGGGAGUUUAUUGGAACCCGUGAAAAACAGGACACUAUUCGAUCGGAACAUAAUGUAAGCCAAAUCUUUAAGCACCCUUUCUAUAAUGUGGUAACACAUGCAAAUGACAUAGCCAUUCUCGGAUUGGCCUCGAAUGUGGUGUACACAGAACACAUCAGACCCAUUUGCAUUCCGUGGUGGACUUCGUGGAAACAGUAUAUCGACAGCAUCCAGGUUUUCACAGGUUCCAGAUGGGGUCUUUCCUCGUUAAGAAACGAAAGUGAUGCAUUUAGGACUCUGGAAGUCCGGCGCCAGCCAGCAGAAAUGUGUACUUCCUCCAAUAACAGCAGUAUUGCUAGAUCACAAUUCUGCGCGGGAAACUCGGAAAGUAAUCUAUGCAACGCGGACUACAGCAGUAUCCUGGGAGCAAUGAUUCCUUACAAAAACUUCAGUCGAUUUGUCCUGAUCGGCAUUGCGACAACGAAUCAAAGAUGCAAUAUGCCCAGCAUUUACACUGAUGUUCUGAGCCACAUCGACUUUAUCCUCAGAGUGUGGCGGUAUUAUGGCAAAGGUCAAGGAGAACGGUUCAAAAGUUCAACGACACGGGCACCGAAACUAAUUGAUGAUACGGGUUUGAAUUCGGAUUCGGGUUUAUUUAAUUCGUUCGUUCCAGUAGCACAUUAAUGUAUUUCCGAAAAACAUUAUUGCAAAAAAGUUACCAAAACCUUCAGUUUUAAUUCCAUAACUUUUCUUGCAAUCAUUCGAUUUCAAAAUGGCAUAUCUUUUAAGUAUUGGGGCUUCAGUCUAUACAACUCUGCGUUUAAAAAUUUAUUUGCGAUUUCGGGUCGAUUUUUUGCCAUUUUUAUGAUAUAACCCCUUUCAAAAUCUCCGAAAAUAUCGUCUGUGCAGAAAAGUGACCUAAAACCUGCUGUUCUAAAUCCAAAACUUUUCUUUCACGCAUCCGAUUUCAAAUUUGUAUAUCUUUAAACUGUUGUGGCUUCAGCCUCUAAAAAUUUGCAUUUAAAUUUUGUUUUGAAAGUUUGGGUUGAUAUUUUUACAACAUAACUUCUUAAUUUAUUUCCGAAAAAAGUUAUUGUAAAAAAAGUGCCAAAAACCUGCAGUUGUAAAUCCAUAAAUUUUCUUGUAAACAUCCGA